AUGACACUUCUCUCGGUGGUCGAGGACCGCCCUACUCCCCCGCAAGUCUACAACUGGCGGAUUUUUGUCUUGGCUGCCAUCGCUUCGUCGGCCUCAUGCAUGAUCGGUUAUGACAGCUCGUUUAUCGGACAGACUGUGGAAUUGACUUCUUUCCGCGAUGAAUUUCACUUCGAAGACUGGUCCAAUGCUAAACAGGACCUCGUCACAGCAAAUAUCGUUUCGCUAUACCAGGCCGGCGCUUUCUUCGGUGCGCUCUUUGCUUACCCCAUCGGUUUCUACCUAGGUCGGAAAUGGGGCCUCUUGAUCACUGGUAUUGUCUUUGUUCUGGGUUCCGGUUUGAUGAUGGGUGCCAAUGGUGACCGUGGCUUGGGGUUGAUGUAUGCCGGUCGCGUCCUUGCUGGAAUAGGCGUGGGUGCCGGAUCGAAUUUGACGCCGAUCUAUAUCUCGGAAUUGUCGCCACCGGCUAUUCGUGGUCGUCUGGUCGGCAUCUAUGAACUAGGAUGGCAGGUGGGAGGCUUGGUUGGAUUCUGGAUCAACGUAUGCUUCCUCUGGCAUUUUGGAGUAAAUGAACGCAUACUGACUGAAAUAGUUUGGGGUCUCGGAAACCCUCCCCGAAAGCCACAAACAAUGGCUUAUUCCCUUCGCCGUCCAGCUUAUUCCUUCUGGAUUCCUUUUGAUCGGUUCCUUCUUCAUCCGCGAGUCACCCCGAUGGCUGUUCGGCCGUGGUCGUCGCGAAGAAGCCGUCAAGAACCUCUGCUGGGUUCGUCAACUUUCCGCAGACGAUGUUUACAUUGUUGA